CUAUAUAAUUCAAAUCACUCUUAAGAGUCCCCGGGAAUCGAUUUUAUGUAUGGUCGCGCGCUCUGUUGAGAUUGUUUCUAUAAGAGCAAGCACAGAUUGGCACCAAGACAGCAGGGUUGCUACUUCACGCGGACCCAAAGUGCAGGGAAGGGACCCCCGCCUCAUAUUGGUCCACGAGAACACCAUCCAUCGACAAUACACACCUCCUCACCGCGACAUUAACCAUUCUAUUACCAUACAAACCAGCCUUUACGAAUAAACUCUCUGCAUAUAUUGUUUAGUUGAUACCCAGACCUUACGCUUGACCACCCAUUACUAUUAUAUAGCUAUCUCCUUUGCAUUAGUUGUUGACCAGCCGUGUCUCCUCACGCACGUCAUUUGGCCUCCUCAACAAGACUGGCCUCCCAUCCGAAAGCACGUCGCUAGGGAAGAUAUAUCAAGUUGAAAGUUUGAAUACUAUAGGCAGCCACGGCUGUUGUCGAAUAUACUAUCAAACCGAACCAUGGCUUUCCGCCAGUCAACCCACUACGCCCCACAAAGGACAUACACGACACCGGAGGAACCCAGGCUCGAUGGGCCUUCCACCCAGCCAGAUCAACAACUAGAGGACUCCCAGGAAUGGAUAUUAUUCUCGCCGGCGCCGGCAUCAACUACAGAUCGUACACACACAGCAACAACAGCUAGCACGCGACACACUGUUGGUCGAUCAAGGCUGAGCGACUAUGGCAGUAUCGACACCGCUGGCAGGUCGUACGAGUAUGACGAAGAUGUCUCCGAACACUCGGAAGCGGUUGCAGAAGAUGAUGAAGAGGAUGGAGAACUUGAUAGUCUAGAUAGCCAUCUGCUCGAGUUCAGAGCGGAGAGUGCCUACGGAGACGGGAAUCCUGUAUUGCCUACUCACGACGGGCUGGGGUCUUUCCGACUCGAUGGGACUAUGGGGGAGGGUGUCCAAGAGCAGUUAUACGCGUUCGAGAGAUUUAACCCACGACGAAUAAGGCGACGAAGGGAAAGCCUUGAGCUUGGCCAGCGAGAACUCGAGAAUGAGACGUCCGCUGAUAACGAGCAAGUGAGGAGGAUUGAGGAAUGGAGACUAGAGCAAAGCCGGGCACUGCUUGAUGAGAUACAGAAGGAGACGCGUCGGAGGAGGCAACCUGCGUCAAGUACAAGGGCCAAAUCAGAGAGGGACUAUCACGACGAAGAAGUAGCAACACUAGGAGACCUAUCCGAAGUUGAGACUUCCAAGCCUGAAGAGGGUAUGGAUACGGAGGAAGGGGAAAGUUUCUGGACGCGUAUUACGAGGAGGGUCAUCCAUGAUCUUAUGGGUAUCGACGACCGACUUCUGUCAAUACUGUUUGGUGAGGGCCUGUCGGAAGAGGUAGAGCGAGAAGCUAGCCGCAGGGACUGGUAUGCUGGGAUAGACAGGGAGCAAAGCGAUGAUUCAUGGGAAUAUCGACUUCUAGGGAGAAUAGCACGUGAACUUGGAUUGCUCGUCAACCAGUUAUCGGAUCACCCUGGAGCAUUCUCUACCUACCUUAAGGUUCAGCAGCAGCCGUUGCCAUAUGCUGGCUUGCCUAUCAUACCGGAGACAGGUGCCAAUACGGAGGAUGGGCCUCAAACCCAAGCUGGCUCGGCUUCGGUGCCACUCUUUCAACCAACUAUUCCAAAUACCGCAAACGCCAUGGACUUUGCAGCCCCUCCAACUCGAUCCGCCCAAGACGAGCAGGGCAGCGCAGGCCCGUCUAAAUUUCGCUCCCAGGGAUAUCAAGAGUCGGACGAGGCCCACAUUGGUUUCAGCAAGGAGGAGUGGGAGAAGCAGCUUGAUAUCGGACUAGUAUUCAGCUAUCUUAGGUCGCGCUUCACUAACGGAAAGGAACCUACUGUAUCCUCGCACCUUACCGGUUCUCGAACCAAGACUAGUCCGCAAGACGCAGCUGCAAGGGCAGCACGUGUCCAUCAGCUGCACCCACUCGUGUCGAGGCCGAAGCCCUCCGAGCGUCGAGCAUCAUACAAGGUUAUUGUACCUAGUGGCCCGAUCCAGCAGCGGCGAAAGAGCACGAGUUGCGCAAGCCAGAGUACGAAGAAGUCGGCAAGGAGGAUCAGUGGCUCUAGCCGACACUAUUGGGAUAUUAAUGGGAGUAUUGGGUCUGGUUCAUUGGCUGCAUCCACCGGUGGAAUGGGAGCCUGGGGCGAGGUGUAGGUUGGGGGCUAUGGGAACAGGUAAGCAUAUUUUGGUGUUUGACGGAGGGAACGACAGCGUUGGGCGACGACUUGGAUAGGCAUUUCUCAUCUCAUCGUAUCAUUAUUCAGGGCGGGAAGACAAAGUAUAUAACAUAAAUACUAUAUAUUUUUUAC